AUGGCAGCUCCUCAGAAUGCUAAGAAUGAGGAUGAUAGCAAUGCCAAAGACGGCCUCGGUAAGCUACAAAAUGAUGACUCAAACAAGAACUACAAAGGCAACAGGAAACCAAUCCAACGCACUGAUCCAAAGGAUGACGAUGACACGGGAGGCACUAAAAGCAGUCGGAACAGCCAAGAGACAACCGACAUUGUACCACCAGAUGAUGAAAAAACACUUGGAGACUACAUGGCAAAUGAAGACGAAUGGUUCAAGGAUGAUGUAACUGAUAUUGAGAAGAAGACCUCUAAAUCUCAAUUAAUUGAGGCUUUGAAAGUAGACGAAGAUUAUUUCAAACCGACUCAAAUGCGUCUUACGAUCGACUUGGCUCAUUUCUUGAAGACAGGGGAAAGUAGACCGUCCAUCUCUAAGACCGCAGCAGCUGCAUCACAGCGUGUGACAGACAUUGACUACGACAUCAGAGAUAGCAAGAUGGUGUACAAACGAGACUUGAAGGCAUUCGCGGCUCGGCUGGACAAACUCUUUGAGUGGAAGAAUAUCCAUUCAAAAGAGUAUAUGGCUCCUUACUUUCCACUAAUACAAUCCAGUGGAACCGGCAAGACCAAGUUGAUGCACGAAUAUAAAAACUUAAUGACGAUGGACAAAGCAGACGUCCAUGUGGAACUCAUUCUUUGUACGGAUGGAAAUGAGGCCAAAAUUGCAUCAGCCGAAAGCAUAUUUUCCCAGAUUUUGGAUAUAAGGGAAAUCCAAUCGGAUCAAAAUGGUCUAACGAAGCUUUGGAAUCGAUUAAACAGGUUUGCCGAUACAGAAAAGAAGAAGGUUGUAUUGCUCUUUGAUGAAUCCCAGCACCUGACGAGCAACAGUGAUGGGUGGCAUUUCCGAUCGGUACGAUGGUGGCUCCGAUGGCCGAACAAACCAGGCAAUGUAAACGUGGUUUGCGUGUUCGCCGGGACCACUACCAGAUUGGCAAACUACUAUGCGGAACCAAAACCAUCAACUACUUCCCGGGAUGCAAACGUCGUGUACCUUGGUGGUGAUAAGCUGUAUCCUCCCUUUUAUCAACUUACGACGACAGGUCUUGUGUCACGCACUGAUGGAUACAAAUUUGGAACAGUAGGUGGUACUCAUAAAACCCCUUUGCAAAAAAGAAACGAGGAGACAAUUACAGAACUUGAUGUUGCCAUCCAAUAUGGACGGCCCUUAUUCGGACGAUUGUAUCUGAAAGGACAGUUGAAGACUUCACUUGGCAAUAUCUUGCUGCGAAUGAGGGGUGCGGACCAGGAGCUGUCACUGCAGAAGUAUUAUUCGCUUUUGGCAACGCGACUGCAAAUGGGUCAAGUGUCGUUUGAUUUUGCAUCAGAACUAGUGGCUUCCGGAUACGCACAUCUGACUCACUUUUCGCCAGACCAAACCGCAGUAGCCGGGAUUGCAUUUCUUCCUGAUCCGGUUUGCGCAUGGCUUGCAAUGACCCAGAUGAUUGAGGGCUGUAAUCGAUUUGGGAUUGAUGAUGGGAUUCCCACAGAGUGCAGUGAACCUGCUUCGGUUUGGUCGGAGAAGGCCAUCAAAAUAUUCUCCUCUGCAUUGUGUCGUCCUGCAAAGGGAGAUGUUGGCGAGGUUGCAGCUGCCUUUUAUAUGCUGGCUUGCGGAGAUGAGUUGAGGUUUGAGCAAUCGACAGAUCUCACUCAGCUUUCUGUUCCAUUAGAGAAAUGGAUUGCAAGAUUGCAACAUGCUGAUUUGAACACUACCCUCAACCUUGGGGAAGCAAAGGCAAGUGUCAACUUCAUCCAAGUUUGUCAGAACUACCUACGCUAUAGUUUGAAAGAAAUGCAGGAUAGUGGGCUUCUCAAGCAUUGGUACCUUGGUGGAAGAGGAUCGUACAUGUAUUUUGCAUGUGCAGCGUACGACAUAAUGGUACCAGUGCAAUACACUGUGAAUGGGACGCUGCAUUACUGUCCCAUGUUGGUGAGCGUGAAAAACAAAGCGGAAUUUUGGCCGUAUGAACGUAAAGCUGCAAUCAAGGCAAUGCAAAAAUUGUUUACUGACGCAGGCAUUCAGACUGGAGUAUGUCUACUGUUGCUCAUUGGCCUCGACAACACAUCGGAAAAAAAAACUAGAAAAAAAACAAAAUCAGGAAAUAGUUUCGGUCAUGGCCAAAUUUUUACCGUAACAGUUGUGGUACCGAAGGAGGAUCGCUUUGGAGCAACCAAUCUUGCUUUGUGCUCAACUUGUGGUGGUGGGCAGGAGUCGGAAGUCAUGGUGUCGCAUGCAGAGCUUGCACUUGGGGCGGAUCAUAGUUUUGACUGCUUGCUCCGAAAAAAGAAUGAAGAUGAUGGCCUAUCCCAAUUGCUGUUUGAAGAGAUAAGGGAAGGAUAUGCCAACAUUUCAAUUGAUGAAGAUGAUUUUGGAGGAGCAACGGCUCCCGAUGAAAGUAGAGGGAGUACAUAG